CGAAGCGAGCGCUAAGUUGUCUCCGAUCGCAGCCCCGUGUUACAUUGAAAUCUUUGAUACAUUUGUUUCAGCCGACAUGAAGUGGAUCGAAGACCGAGGUUCCAAGUGGAAACUAUUUAGGACUUUUGGAGCCUUCGGAAUGGAAAAGUUGUGAGACGGGGGCGUUUGGGGACACUGGGCAUCGAAUUGAAGGCAACAAGAAAAUGGGAAUAUAGAAUCAGAAAAUGUUGGAAACACUUAGCGUGACAGGCAGCAUCUACAGAUAGAGAAGCAAGGUAGACCUUCAGCUCAAUAACCUUUGGUUCGAACUGCGAUAUUGAGACAAACUUUCCAAGCAUUCAGAGAGACUGAUGAGCCGGGCAACUUAGUAAAGUUUGAUUCCCGUUCAGAGAGAAGAUGGUGCAGAAAUAUCAGUCUCCAGUGCGGGUCUACAAGUACACAUUUGAAAUGGUGAUGGCGGCUUAUGAGAAGAGAUUCCCGACGUGUCCAUUGAUCCCAGUUUUCCUGGGUAGUGAGAAACUCAGUGAGUACAAGAGUGAAGACGAAUCACUACACAUUGUGGAGAGAAGCUGCAAGCUUAAUGUGGAUGCACCAAGGCUAUUGAAGAAGAUGGCAGGAGUGGAAUAUGUCUCCUUCAUACAGAAGAACACAGUGAACUGGAAGGAGCGCACCCUACUGAUCGAAGCACACAAUGAGACAUUUUCUAACAGGGUCAUUGUUAAUGAGAUCUGCAGUUACAGGGCUCACCCUGACAAUGAGGAAUGGACUUGCUUUGAGCAGUCUGCAUCACUGGACAUCAGAUCUUUCUUUGGGUUUGAAAGUACAGUGGAAAAGAUUGCAAUGAGACAGUACACUGCCAACAUCAAAAGGGGUAAGGAAGUUAUUGAACACUACCUGAAUGAGCUGACCACACAGGGUAUCAAACACAUUCCCCGCUGGACUCCUCGUGCGACAGUUGCUACAACAGAAACAAUGCCAGAGAACAGCCGACCAGCAAUAGCACCAUUGCCAGAUCUCAGGGUGGAGUCAUCGGAGCUCCUGGCACAUAGCAGUACCAAAGAACCAUUGACCAACUUGUGUGGGCAGGAAACAUUGCCCACAACAUCAGAUGCUGACAAACUCGAUGCUGAUUACAUUGAACGGUACCUGGGGCAAUUGACCCCCAUGCAAGAGAGCUGCCUGAUCCAGCUUCGACAGUGGCUCCAAGAAACACACAAGGGCAAGAUUCCCAAAGAUGAACACAUUUUGCGUUUCCUGCGGGCUCGGGAUUUCAAUAUCGAAAAAGCGCGAGAGAUCUUGUGUCAAUCACUUACCUGGCGCAAACAAUACCAGGUGGAUUACAUUCUCCAGGUGUGGAGACCACCACAGGUGCUGGUCGACUAUUAUACAGGAGGCUGGCAUUAUCACGACAAAGAUGGCCGGCCAUUGUACAUCCUGCGGCUGGGACAGAUGGACACAAAGGGGUUGCUGAAAGCCGUGGGGGAGGAGGCCAUUCUACGACACGUUCUGUCAAUUAAUGAAGAUGGGCAGAAGAGAUGUGAAGAGAAUACCAAAGUCUUUGGUCGCCCAAUCACAUCAUGGACCUGCCUGGUUGACCUGGAAGGACUGAACAUGAGGCACCUGUGGCGGCCUGGAGUGAAAGCAUUGCUGAGGAUCAUUGAAGUGGUGGAAGCAAACUACCCAGAGACACUAGGCCGGCUGCUGAUUCUCCGAGCACCUCGGGUCUUCCCUGUCCUCUGGACACUGGUCAAUCCAUUCAUCAAUGAAAACACACGUCAGAAAUUCCUCAUCUACAGCGGCAACAACUAUCAGGGCACAGGAGGGCUUAUCGACUACAUUGACAAAGAAAUUGUUCCUGAUUUCCUGGGUGGAGACUGCCUGUGUAAUAUCCCAGAAGGAGGAAUGGUUCCCAAGUCUUUGUACCAGACAGAGGAAAUGUUAGAAAACGCAGAUCAAAUCAAACUCUGGACUGAAACCAUUUAUCAGUCAGCCACUGUCGUCAAAGGAGCCCCACAUGAGAAGUUGAUUGAGAUCCUUGAGGCCUCAUCUGUCAUCACCUGGGACUUUGACAUUCUCAAGGGUGAUGUGGUUUUUAACAUCUUCCAUUCCAAGCGGGCUCCUCAAAUCAUUCGCAAGGAUUCAGCAAGCCCACUGGUUCCCCUCCCUAGUGGAAAUAAUGUGCAACUGAUUGAGAAGAGUUGGGUUCUGGGUGUGGACUACAGCUCAGUGGAAACACCACUCAUCUGCCGAGAAGGAGAGAGUGUCCAGGGUUCACAUGUGACACGCUGGCCCGGAUUCUACAUCUUGCAGUGGAAAAUGCAUAGCCCCUGGUCGGGCUCCUCAAACCUCCCUCGCGUUGAUGAUGUAUUGGCUUCUUUACAAGUUUCCUCCCACAAGUGCAAAAUCAUGUUUUACACAGAGGUGCUGGCGUCAGAAGAUUUCAGGGGAUCCAUGACGAGCCUGGAGUCCUGUCACAGUGGAUUCUCGCAGCUCAGUGCUGGCACCACCUCCUCCAGCCAGUCUCAAAGCAGCUCACAUAUUUCCAGAUAGGAAGUUCUUGGUCUGCAAUGUAUUUGUCAAAAAACACUGAACCAAAAAGCUGUAGCUGCCUCAGGACCAGGUGCAAUGAUAGCUGGUCCAUCAUUUUGGGUGCUGGUUACCCGGGUCCUUCACUCAUCUCACUUUAGUGCAAUAAUAGCACCGAGUACAAUGCAACAUUUCAAAGUUCAAUGUACACUGUACUGUGCAGGGAAGACAUGUUUCACUAGUUUGCUCUCCCUAGGCUGUGUAUUGAAUGCACAGCAUUGAACAUUGUCUUCCAGAGAGCAGGGACAAUGAGGAAAAGGUGCCUUAUGCUUUGUCUUCCUUGGCCUAUCAGCAGAUGAUCCAUGACAUCCUUCAACUUAGUUCAAUUUAACUCCUUGAGCAAAACCUCAGCAUAUCUAACCAUACAAUUUAAUUUUGCACAUUGUCCAGAACAGAAGCCAUUUACAUUCAUUCCUGCAGGCUGGGAAUCACAAUGUACUUGAUUGUCUAAAUCUACAGUGAGCAAUCAUUCCUAUCCUAAUAAUAUUCACCCUGCUUUCAUUGUAGGAUUUUUCUUCUAAUUCAGAGAUUAACUGGAGCAAAUUAAUUUUAUCCUUCUGGGUUCACUGUUCAUACUGAAUAACCUGCAUACAUCCUUAUUACCUACUACUUCCGAUAUCUUAGACAUUACUCCUGAGGUCUCAUACUGCCUAACUUAAUUCUCUGGUGAAACCUGUUGAAUUCCAAAAUCCAGGGGUUGUCCAGACUUCUUUUCCCUGAACCCUCCCCACCAUACCAAAACACUUGUGCUGGUCAUGUCUGUCACAUAAUACUUCACAGGUAUUUUCUUAGAUGGUAUAAAGUUAGGAUAGUAAAUUCCCAAAUGCAUGUGAUGCCUUUAUUAUAUCAAUGAUAUCAACUGAGAGUACUGUGUAUGGUUUUGGUUUUCUUCCAUUAGCGGGAAAUAUACUUACAUUGAAAGUAGUUCUGAGAACAUCCAUCAAACUAAUUCCUGAGAUGAUGGCGUUUUCUUGCAAAGAGAGGUUGAGCAGGUUUGCCCUAUACUCAUUGCAGUUCAGAAGAAUGAGAGGGUCUUAUUGAAACUUGGAAGAUUCUGAACAAAAAUGAGGGUAAAUUCUAAGAGCUUGUUUUGCCCUCAUGGGGAAUCCAAAACCAGGGUUUAAAAAUGGAGAUGAGGAUUUGCUUUCCCUCUUGGGUCAUUAAUGUUUGUAAUUCUUUUCAAAAGAAAGCUGUAAAAGCUGAAUAAUUGAAUAUCUUCAAUAUCUGAGUGAGGUAGUCUAUUAUUGAAUGAAGUGUUAUAAGGGUGGGAGGGGAGAUAGGAAGUAGAGAAAAGGCCACAGAUAAAAUCAAUCAUAACCUUAUUAAAUGGUGGAGCAGGCUAGAUGGAUUGAAUGGCCUACCCCUGCUUCUAUUUCAUUGUAGGGAGGGAGCUGAUGAUGCCCAGACACCUUAUACCCUCAUGUUUGAUUUACAAUUAGAUAAGCUUUGAAAAUCCACAAAAGGAUCUGAAGUCUGAACAUGGAUCACAUUAAACUACUUAACUGAAGUCUGACCCACUGAGAACAAUUAUACCAGCAGAGUAUUCUACUUUGAGAGAAGUUAUGUUUGAUUGAAGUCACGUUACCAGGAGCAUUAAUGAAGGGAGGAGAUUGGUAGGGAAGAGGUGAAUUCCUUUAGGUUUUUUAACCCUUAAGUUUAGAUCUCCAUUAAGGAUUUCUGAAUCUUGACCAUCCUCCUUCAGCCAUGGCUGGUUGGCCUCUUGCUUCAUGGACAGAACAAUUUGGUUCCAUGUUAGCUGCUGUAGCACUUGGAACAAUCCCACCAAAGUUUCCAUGUUAUGAUCACUUAGUUGCCUCACCUUUAUUAUGACAUGUCCAAGACCAAGCUUUGCAGCUACUGUUCUUUAGCAGGUUAAUGAUCACACCUCAGUCAGGUCUGAUGGUCAUAAAUUUAUCAUUGUGAAUUCUCAUAAAAAUGAGAAACAGUACUGUUGUGAUAAUUUUGGACUGCUUUAAUGUCUUCUCUUGGUUUACUGAAGAAUCUCCACUUCAAGGGCUUUCAAUUGCAGAAACCAGCAGUAAUUCCUGUUCAACAUUUACCAGUGUUAAUAAAUGCACAAUAUCAGCCUGCCUUACAAAGGAGGGGUGUCUAACCAUGAACGCUUGAAUCCAGAUCUGUUCAACCUAUCAGCAAAAUGAAAACUCUGCAAAUUACUGGGAAGUGGUUCAAACUUCAGGUGACUCCCAGCUGCCCGCAUAAGAUUCCUUAGACACUUUGGCGAUCAAGUGAUUCUUGGUCCUUGCACUCUUUACAUGUAAGCCUGGUGUACAUACUGGAACAGAAGUCUCUUGUAAACUGAUUUUUGUGUGCAUGUUUUCUAUGUAGUUACCUGAUGUUAGAAUUAACAAAUUUAAAUUUUGGGGGCUAAUGCUUGAAACUUUAAUUGUAAAAUAACUGAAGGUUUUAAUUA